UGCAGAUCUCCCAUUUGCACCAAAACAAGAAGAAGAAAAAGGAGAGAAAAAGAAGUGCAUUUUUCUUUUUUUCCUUCUUGUUGCCUCAUAAGGUGAGAGGUGUGAAGUAGAGAAGAGGUUGUGAGGCUACUAGACCAUACUAUAUAUAGAAAUGGCAGAAGAUCAAAGUGUAGUUACAAAUGAAAAUUUUGAUUCAUCUGAAGCAAACGAUGAUAAGUGUACCCGGACUCUUGACGCUGCAAAGACUCCUCAUCCACGACCUACGUCUUUUGAUCAGAAUUUGAUGUUUAUUGAAGCUUGGGAACAUUUGAGACGGUCGGUUGUUUAUUACAAGGGACAAGCAGUUGGUACCAUGGCUGCACUUGAUAAUGCAUCAGGUGCACUCAACUAUGAUCAGGUUUUUGUCAGAGAUUUUGUCCCCAGUGCUUUAGCACACUUGAUGAAGGGAGAGCUAGAAAUAGUGAAAAACUUUCUACUGAGGACUCUCCAUCUUCAGUUGUCGGUGAAAGGCAUUGAUCGCUUCGCACUUGGACAAGGACUCAUGUCAGCCAGCUUCAAAUUUCUGCACAGCUUCAAAGUUCUGCACAAUCCUGUGAGGGGCGUUGAUACCUUGAUUGCAGAUUUUGGAGAAACUGCCAUUGGAAGAGUUGCUGGGGUUGAUUCUGGGUUUUGGUGGAUCAUCCUCCUACACGCCUAUACAAGGGCAACUGGGGACUAUUCCUUAUCUCAUAGACCGGAAUGCCAGAAUGGAAUGAAGCUGAUACUGUCUGUGUGUCUGGCUGAAGGGUUUGAUACAUUCCCAACGCUUCUUUGUGCUGAUGGUUGUGGCAUGGCUGACCGCAGAAUGGGAGUUUAUGGCUACCCAAUUGAGAUUCAAGCACUGUUUUUCAUGGCACUGAGGUGUGCAGUUCACCUCCUUCAAGAAGAUGAUGGGAAGGAGUUCAUUAUGAGGAUUGAAAAACGAUUACAGGCAUUGACCUACCAUAUGCGUAGUUACUUCUGGCUUGAUUUUCAGCAACUGAACAACAUAUACCGGUACAAGACAGAGGAGUAUUCGCAUACUGCUGUCAACAAGUUCAAUGUCAUUCCUGACUCCAUUCCAGACUGGGUUUUCGACUUCAUGCCAAUGAAAGGAGGAUACUUCAUUGCUAAUGUUAGUCCGGCCAGAAUGGACUUCCGGUGGUUUGUUUUAGGCAACUGUGUUGCGAUUCUGUCUUCCCUUGCAACUCACAAUCAGUCUAUGGCCAUACUGGAUCUCAUUGAAGAAAGGUGGGGAGAGCUUGUAGGCAAAAUGCCUCUUAAGCUCUCUUAUCCAGCUUUGGACAUUCAUGGCUGGUCCAUAGAAACCGGCAGUGACCCCAAAAAUACAAGAUGGAGCUAUCACAAUGGGGGAUCAUGGCCAGGUCUCUUGUGGUUGGUUACUGCAGCCUGCAUCAAAACCGGACGGCCAGAGAUAGCGAGAAAGGCGAUAGAGCUAGCUGAGCAGCGGCUGUCCAAGGAUGAUUGGCAAGAAUACUAUGAUGGAAAGGAGGGCUGCUACGUGGGGAAACAGUCUAGGAGACUGCAGACAUGUUCCAUUGCUGGGUACUUGGUUUCCAAGAUGUUACUUGAGGAGCCCUCACAUCUUGGGAUCAUUGCUCUCGAGGAAGACGAGAAAAUCAAGCCCACUACUAUUACUCGCUCAACCACAUUGCCUACUAAGUUCCGGGGCUAUCCUUGAAACUUUUUCAUCAUCAUCUUCCCUGUGAUUUUCACAAUGCAUUCAUGAUUUAUUUAUUCACUUUCAUGUGACACUGCCGAUCAUAUGAGCUCUGGUGGAACUAGUUUUUUCUAGCAAUUAACCAUCUGAAUCUGAAUUAGUGAUUUGUGC